AUGGGUCAGACGCUCUCUGAACCCGUAGUCGAGAAAAAAUCCGACCACGGCCAAGAUGAUCGGGUCAUCUACGGAGUCUCUUCGAUGCAGGGGUGGCGCAUCAGCAUGGAGGACGCGCACGCCUGCAUCCUCGACCUACAACCGCAAAACGGGAGCCAGCAGAAGCCAGCAGACGCGAAUGUGCGACUGAGCUUCUUCGGCGUCUACGACGGCCACGGGGGGGACAAAGUAGCCAUCUACACCGGGGAAAAUCUGCACAAGAUCAUCGCCAAGCAAGACGCAUUCAAGAGUGGCGACAUAGAACAGGCUCUGAAGGAUGGCUUCUUGGCAAUCGAUAGGGCCAUCUUGAGCGACCCAAGGUACGAGGAAGAAGUCUCUGGUUGCACAGCAUCAGUUGGCAUCAUAACAAAAGACAAGAUAUACGUCGCAAACGCGGGUGACUCGAGAAGCGUCCUGGGCAUCAAAGGCAGAGCGAAGCCACUUUCUUUCGACCACAAGCCUCAGAACGAAGGCGAGAAAGCACGCAUUUGCGCCGCUGGUGGCUUCGUCGACUUCGGUCGUGUCAAUGGCAACUUGGCUCUUUCGCGCGCAAUCGGCGACUUCGAGUUCAAGAAGAGCGCAGACCUGCCGCCCGAGCAGCAGAUUGUCACCGCCUUCCCUGAUGUCACUGUACACGAUAUCACGGAUGAUGACGAGUUCCUCGUUGUAGCUUGUGACGGCAUCUGGGAUUGUCAGUCCUCUCAAGCAGUCGUUGAGUUCGUCAGGCGCGGCAUUGCCGCAAAGCAGGAACUACAGGCAAUCUGCGAGAACAUGAUGGACAACUGUCUUGCGUCUAACAGCGACACCGGUGGCGUCGGGUGUGACAAUAUGACUAUGGUUAUUGUUGGUCUGCUGAAGGGCAAGACGAAGGACGAGUGGUACAAGGAGAUCGCCGAUAGGGUAGCGAACGGCGAUGGCCCAUGUGCUCCGCCAGAGUACGGCAAAACGACCGAGUUCCGAGGCCCAGGAAUACAUCACAGAUAUGAUGACAGCCCUGAGGAUUAUGAGAUGGAUAUGGACCACGGUUCGCGUCGCGGCAUGAGUAACCGCGUCAUCCUGCUUGGAAACGGCUCGGAGAUCAACCACGACUCCGCCGACAGCGAGAUGUUCGACCAUGAUGAGGAAGAUAAGGACCUCAAGAGUCAGGUCAACAAGGGGGGUGCGGGUGACGAUGACAGCGCAUAUGGAAGCGACAACCGGAGUCAGCGAGAAGGGACGCCUUCCAGGGACAGCAACGGCCAGAAUCCCGUGUUUGGCCAGUCGGACUCGCCUUCCUCAACCGCUACAGACAGGUCGGAGGUGACUGAGCAUCACAAACACCAGGCUGAGCAGGGUCUUAAGAAUCAGCAGAGUGACAAGCACUCAUCAACGCCUGCCGAACCAAAGAUGAUGGCAGCUACCGAUGGCGCGGUGGACAGCAUGAAGUAG